AUGGGCUCGCCAAUAACGCUCAAGAGCUGGUUCGCGUCAGUCGAGCCGGGCGCGCCUCCGGGCGACCGCUCGCUCGCUGUGUGGAUCUUCGGGUUGCGGGGCGAGGAGGAGGAACCUGUCGCGCUGCAGCUGAUGGAGCGUCUCGGCAAGAACUCCUUUCGCACGGAGCUGGACGGUGAGAGGCGGACAGUCAAGCUGGAGGGGCCUUUGGCGACGGACAGAGCGAAGACUGCAGGCGUCGACGAGAUGUACAUCAACACGUUCAGGGACGGCAUCACCGAGCACCUCGAGUUCACUCUCCACGCCGCCCUUGCGCUCCCGCCUCACAAAGUCCGCCUCUCCGUUGCCUUCCCUCGCUCCCUCCGCUCUUCGCCCAGCAAGAAGCACUCGAGUCCGAAGAAACCUCCCGCAGUGCCCGAUGAGCCGCUUCCCGACUCGCUCUUCGACCUCGGAACCGGUUAUCAGUCGCCUGCCCGCGCGCGCAGGACGCGGAAAGAGCUGGCGGAGGAGUUGCACGCUGCGAGGCAGAGACGCGACCCGUUCGCUGUCCUGCGAAGGGAUGCGACGACGACGAGUUCGACAUUCGCUCGGCAGGACCGAGACGAAGGUGUUGCGAGCGACGACGAGGAGGAGGCGGACAUGGACGAAGUCGAGGAAGAGAAGGACGCGAAGACAGAGAUGCUACUCGAGGCUCCGACCUUUGGGGUCGCCGACGCUCCUGCGCAGUCGGCACCGCCGAGCGAAGCCAGCCCGCCUCGAGCCGAACCUGCCGCAGGUCCCACCCAGCCUUCCAGCGGCCCUCCCUUCGACAACAGCACCAUCCCCCCUACUCCAGCUUUGACCGACGAAGCGCCUCCCGCAUCUUCCGGUCCCCAGUCUGCCAAAACCCCACUUCGUGCCCGCCCGUCCAGCAAAAAGGCUCGCCUCGCCUCUCUCACCGCCAGCUUCUUCAAGUCUCGUCCGACUACACCUUCCAGCUCCACGUCUGUCGCAGGACCUUCGAAAGCUGUUGCUUCGAAUCCAGCCUCGACCAGCACCAUCGCCGCCGUCCUCUCCACUUUCUUCCAGAAACAGCCGCCUUCAUCGCCUCCUCCGUCCUCGAAGCCGACUGCGACAAAAUCGCCAGCUCGUACGCCCGUCAAGCGCGUAGUCGCCCUCGCAGACUGCCUUGCGUCGUCUUCGCCUGCUCUCGUCUCGCGGCUGGAGAGGGCGGCAGGUGAUGCUGGGACCGCCGGUCCCGAGCGGGACCGGACCGAUGAAACGAAGGCGGAAGAGAAGAAGGAGGAGGUGAUCGCGGAGGGCGUCGAAAUGGAUAUCGAGCAGAGCGCGGCGGAACCCUCGGUGGUCGAGACCGCGGAGAACGGCGCUGCUUCUGCGGCAGCCGCGCAGCAGUCAGCGGCGACCGCCGUCGAUGUUACGGCACCUACCGAGACCCAGGAGAUACGAGCUGGGGACGUCGUCGAGAAGCAGGAAGAGAAGGCGGAACCGAUGGUUGUUGACGAAGGUGCGGCGCUCACACCGCCUGCCCAAAUCGCAGCGACGCCGCCUCCGUCUGCAGGACCGCCUCGUCAGCCGACCGCCUCUCCCUUCGCCCAUUUGCACUCUCGCACUGCCUCGCCCCGUCGCUCUCCUUUUCUCGCAUCCCCUCGCGCAGCAGCCGUCGCGCCCUCGGAGCGCUACUCCUCGAUUGAACCGGCUUUCCCUUCGUCGCAAGGCGGGAUCUCGUCGCUCUUCCACGACUCUGCCGACGAGGGUGACGGAGACGACGACUCGGCAGACUUGACGGCUCAGCAGAUCAGCGAGUUCGUCGAGCGCGAUCUCGCUAGCAGCGUCGUCGAUGAGGACGAGUACAAGCGGGAGAGGCCGCCAAAGUCGAGCGUUGCUGCUCGUCCGCCGAAAGAGCUGGCCAACGCUCCGCUCGUCAAGGCAGCUCCUCCUGCGACCGAACCGUUCGCCGUCGAUCAGGACCAGCAGAUGGAACCGACGCAGGCUCCCGUCCCUACAGCAAGCGCCGAGACGGUUCCCGCCGCUGCGCCACCGCGAGAAAACGCACCUCCGCCACUUGUUGACUCUGUCGCUGCGCCCGCCGAGCCUGAGCCUGCUUUCGAGGCUUCGCCGUCGACGUCGACUGCUACGCCUCCGUCAGCAGCCGCUGAGCUGAUCGCGCCUCCUCAGCACAGCGAUCAGCCCGCAUUGAUUGCACAAGACGAGCAACUCGCCGAGCCGCCGGCCGAACCUCCCGUACAACUGGACGGAGCUUCGUCUGUCCCGUCGCCCGAGCUUGCCAGCUACGACGCGGCGAAAGCAUCGAUCGAGGCGGCAGCGCAGGAGGCGACCGAGCACGUUGUCGGACGUGCAGUCGGGAGUGCCGUCGAACCGGUCGCAGGUCCCGUCAUCAGCGACGCGCUCGCUGAGAUCGCUGCUCGCGCGUCAGGCGAGGUCAUCACCGGUGUCGUCGGCAGCAUCGUCGACGUGGCAGUUGAGGCUGUCGUGCAAGCAGUGCAGGCGGACAACGAGGAAGAGGCGGCAAAUGUGCAGAGCGAUGAGGAGAAGCAGGACGAGCCUGCGAGGUCGCACAGCGAUGCGAUGGGUUCUCAGGAACCGCAGGACCAGCAGGAGUCGCAGGAACAGCCCGCAGCGGGCGCACCGAUGGCGGACGUCUUCGUUGAGCAGGACUUCCUUGAGCCCGAGCAGUCCAAAGGCCACGAAGGCGGCGCCGAGUUCGCUGCCGAGUAUUGGGCGCAGCUGCAGGCCGGAGAGCUUGCUGCGGAGCGGGAUGCUGAAGCGGAGGAUAAGUUGAUGCACGCCGAGGAACCGAGCAAGAAGCCUCUCAGCGAUGCUUCCGCUCGUUCGCUGACUUCGCCGAACGGCAGUAUCCUCUCCCGAGACGCCGCCGCCAUUGCGUCCGACCCUGUCGCCCUCGCCGCUCUUUCCGCUCUUCGCAACGAGCCGGAACCUCGAGACUCGCCCAACGGCUCCGCGACACCUGGGCAAACAACUGCGGGCUUGUCUCGGGAGUCCUCGCACGAUGUCUUCGGGCCCGUCGACCACGUCAAGAAGCAUCCUUCGUCGUCGACGCCGUCGCAAGGAAGUCGACCGCCUCGUGCACGGACUCUGUCGGCUCGUCAACAGGCAGCACCAGCUGAGGAGCCUGCAUCUCGCCCGCCAGGCAAGAAGGCGCCUCGCCGAGAUUCGACCUUCAUCGGCGUCGAGAUCCUUGUCUCGCCACGAAAACGGCCCGCCCACGCACGGAACUCGACUGCCCCGCCCGCCGCUUCCACCUCGCGAGCCGGUCUUGCGAAGGAGGUUGCCCACUCGCCAGUCGAGCCAAACAUAUUCGACUCUCCCGCUGCUCCCUCGCCUCCGCCUCCGGCCGGCAGCAAAUCGUGGCUGGACGCUCCAGCCGAAGCAAGGCUCAGCCAGCGGCUCGGCCAGCAAGGCGUCGAUGGCGAUAGCCAGGAUGACCUUGACGAUGAGUCGGACGACCCGCUCGCAGAGCCCAUCGUCGGCGAGAAGCCGCAGAACACGUCCCAGCGGUCGCCAGCGCGUCGUUCGAUUGCGCGAGCGAAGGUUGCGAAUGGACCAGAAUCAUCGUCGGACGCCUCGAGUGACGAUGAGGCCGUCGCGAAGAGGCUGUUGAACGGGACGAGUACGAUGGGUCACGCUGACGCUCGCGCGGCGUUCGAGAACGAGCCGGAGCGGGGCCAAGACGACGGCAAGGUGCGGCAGCGUUCUGUCGAGGAGUCGAUACCGCAGCGCAAAAAGCGCGCAGGGGAUGCGACACCUCCGCCCAAGGCCAAACGCCGUCGUGUCUCCUCCUCAGCGUCUCAAGCGGCCCCGUCGACAUCGGAGCACGUCCCUCGACGUCCUUCUCUCGCUGGCAAGGUCCGCCAACCCUCUGCCUCCCAGCCAGCUCCAACCGCUCGCGGCACGCCCGCGCGCGUCAACUCGGCGAGCGCUGCACGCCGGAAGUCUCGGUCGACCAUAGACACGUCGACACCUGGCUCGUCGGCUCGACCUGCGAGGAGUCGCAAACCCGUCGACGGGUGGUGGGACAUCUCUCGCGGGGCAGAGGCAGCCACGGUGUCCGCGAAGAAGCGAGGACGGAACGAGAUGGAGAUGGCCGAGGUGGACAAGAACGACGAACUGGAGAAGGAGGACAAAGCGGUCAAGCGCCAGCGGAAGAGGAGGGCGAUCGAGAGCUCGCCCGAGUUGGGCGCAGACGUCGAGACGCAGGAGCGCCAUGCUGAGCGGGAAAAGUCGGUCGCUCGUGAGGAUGACGGCUACGACAACUCUCGCGACGACGACUUCGACCCGAGUGCUCAUGGCGAAGUCGAGGACGACAAGUCGGUCGCUUCCCCCAAGCCAGCCAAGAAGCCGCCCGUGCCGAAGACGACCCCCGCUGAUGGAGCGAACGGCGGCAAGAAGAAGCGUCGCAAACGCAAGUCGCUUGUCAUGCCCACCUUCCGCAACCGCAAACGCCAGUCCGCCGCCGCCACUGCAUCUGCCUCCGCCUCUCCCGCACCGUCCCAUACGCCCGAUCCGCGCUCGUCGCUCGCUGGCAAGGGGAAGAAGGUCGCUCAGGAGGAGCGCGAGCAGGGUCUGGUGCGCGCGAGUUCGGUCAAGAAGGCUCGCAAGGAGUCUGCGAGCCGGGAAGAGGUGCAGGAGUCGUCGAACGGACGCGCGAAGCCGACGCAGGCGAAGGGUCGUUCAGCGCAGCCGAAGAAGGCGAAGAAAAAUGCAGUCGAAAUGCCGGACUGGGCGGAGGGAGACGAGUGGGCGGGUCUGAGGGAGGUCGGGAUUGCGAGGGAGGCAGACGAGGAUCCAUUUCACUUCUCUGACUGA